UCGGUCGCUGUGCCACGAUGCACUCAUCGAAGCCGUUUGCCUUCGCUGCGCAUGUGUCUGCCCAUCUAAUCAUCCAGAUACUGUUCCUGGCCGUGGUUCCCGCCGCUUCCGAUGCCGCGGCUCCCAGCGAACCACUUCGCUGCGAGUGUCCCGCCAACCAUUGUCACCUGUCUACAGCUACAGAUAGUCCGGUAGCGCCGCCGCGGCCGUUCCUCAACUGCCCCCGGAUUCCCGCACCGUCAUCGACAACAACCGAAGAGCCAACUAUAAGACAGCAUCACCCAGGCGCGGCACUCUGUGGGCUCGGUCGCUGUGCCACGAUGCACUCAUCGAAGCCGUUUGCCUUCGCUGCGCAUGUGUCUGCCCAUCUAAUCAUCCAGAUACUGUUCCUGGCCCUGGUUCUCGCCGCUUCCGAUGCCGCGGCUCCCAGCGAACCACUUCGCUGCGAGUGUCCCACCAACCAUUGUCACCUGUCUACAGCUACAGAUAGUCCGGUAGCGCCGCCGCGGCCGUUCCUCAACUGCCCCCGGAUUCCCGCACCGUCAUCGACAACAACCGAAGAGCCAACUAUAAGACAGCAUCACCCAGGCGCGGCACUCUGUGGGCUCGGUCGCUGUGCCACGAUGCACUCAUCGAAGCCGUUUGCCUUCGCUGCGCAUGUGUCUGCCCAUCUAAUCAUCCAGAUACUGUUCCUGGCCCUGGUUCUCGCCGCUUCCGAUGCCGCGGCUCCCAGCGAACCACUUCGCUGCGAGUGUCCCACCAACCAUUGUCACCUGUCUACAGCUACAGAUAGUCCGGUAGCGCCGCCGCGGCCGUUCCUCAACUGCCCCCGGAUUCCCGCACCGUCAUCGACAACAACCGAAGAGCCAACUAUAAGACAGCAUCACCCAGGCGCGGCACUCUGUGGGCUCGGUCGCUGUGCCACGAGGCACUCAUCGAAGCCGUUUGCCUUCGCUGCGCAUGUGUCUGCCCAUCUAAUCAUCCAGAUACUGUUCCUGGCCCUGGUUCUCGCCGCUUCCGAUGCCGCGGCUCCCAGCGAACCACUUCGCUGCGAGUGUCCCGCCAACCAUUGUCACCUGUCUACAGCUACAGAUAGUCCGGUAGCGCCGCCGCGGCCGUUCCUCAACUGCCCCCGAAUUCCCGCACCGUCAUCGACAACAACCGAAGAGCCAACUAUAAGACAGCAUCACCCAGGCGCGGCACUCUGUGGGCUCGGUCGCUGUGCCACGAUGCACUCAUCGAAGCCGUUUGCCUUCGCUGCGCAUGUGUCUGCCCAUCUAAUCAUCCAGAUACUGUUCCUGGCCGUGGUUCCCGCCGCUUCCGAUGCCGCGGCUCCCAGCGAACCACUUCGCUGCGAGUGUCCUACCAACCAUUGUCACCUGUCUACAGCUACAGAUAGUCCGGUAGCGCCGCCGCGGCCGUUCCUCAACUGCCCCCGGAUUCCCGCACCGUCAUCGACAACAACCGAAGAGCCAACUAUAAGACAGCAUCACCCAGGCGCGGCACUCUGUGGGCUCGGUCGCUGUGCCACGAUGCACUCAUCGAAGCCGUUUGCCUUCGCUGCGCAGGUGUCAGCGCAUCUAAUCAUCCAGAUACUGUUCCUGGCCGUGGUUCCCGCCGCUUCCGAUGCCGCGGCUCCCAGCGAACCACUUCGCUGCGAGUGUCCCACCAACCAUUGUCACCUGUCUACAGCUACAGAUAGUCCGGUAGCGCCGCCGCGGCCGUUCCUCAACUGCCCCCGGAUUCCCGCACCGUCAUCGACAACAACCGAAGAGCCAACUAUAAGACAGCAUCACCCAGGCGCGGCACUCUGUGGGCUCGGUCGCUGUGCCACGAUGCACUCAUCGAAGCCGUUUGCCUUCGCAGCGCAUGUGUCUGCCCAUCUAAUCAUCCAGAUACUGUUCCUGGCCGUGGUUCCCGCCGCUUCCGAUGCCGCGGCUCCCAGCGAACCACUUCGCUGCGAGUGUCCCACCAACCAUUGUCACCUGUCUACAGCUACAGAUAGUCCGGUAGCGCCGCCGCGGCCGUUCCUCAACUGCCCCCGGAUUCCCGCACCGUCAUCGACAACAACCGAAGAGCCAACUAUAAGACAGCAUCACCCAGGCGCGGCACUCUGUGGGCUCGGUCGCUGUGCCACGAUGCACUCAUCGAAGCCGUUUGCCUUCGCUGCGCAUGUGUCUGCCCAUCUAAUCAUCCAGAUACUGUUCCUGGCCGUGGUUCCCGCCGCUUCCGAUGCCGCGGCUCCCAGCGAACCACUUCGCUGCGAGUGUCCCACCAACCAUUGUCACCUGUCUACAGCUACAGAUAGUCCGGUAGCGCCGCCGCGGCCGUUCCUCAACUGCCCCCGGAUUCCCGCACCGUCAUCGACAACAACCGAAGAGCCAACUAUAAGACAGCAUCACCCAGGCGCGGCACUCUGUGGGCUCGGUCGCUGUGCCACGAUGCACUCAUCGAAGCCGUUUGCCUUCGCUGCGCAUGUGUCUGCCCAUCUAAUCAUCCAGAUACUGUUCCUGGCCGUGGUUCCCGCCGCUUCCGAUGCCGCGGCUCCCAGCGAACCACUUCGCUGCGAGUGUCCCACCAACCAUUGUCACCUGUCUACAGCUACAGAUAGUCCGGUAGCGCCGCCGCGGCCGUUCCUCAACUGCCCCCGGAUUCCCGCACCGUCAUCGACAACAACCGAAGAGCCAACUAUAAGACAGCAUCACCCAGGCGCGGCACUCUGUGGGCUCGGUCGCUGUGCCACGAUGCACUCAUCGAAGCCGUUUGCCUUCGCUGCGCAGGUGUCAGCGCAUCUAAUCAUCCAGAUACUGUUCCUGGCCGUGGUUCCCGCCGCUUCCGAUUCCGCGGCUCCCAGCGAACCACUUCGCUGCGAGUGUCCCGCCAACCAUUGUCACCUGUCUACAGCUUGUCCGGCAGGUAAACUCGAGCUUCCGAGGCGCUGCUCACAUUUACUCCCCCAUUUGGACUUGUCUUUGGACGUACAAGACAACAGUGAAUGUAUUGCCACUGGAAGUAACAUCAAGGACCAGAAUCCUCACAAGGUCCGGCUCUCGAACCACAUAGAGCUAAACAACAUGUUCCCUUCCAACAUGUUCGGUUUCCGACCCUACGUGUCAGCACAGGACGUUUUUCUACUACUAAAGCACGAGGUCCUGCACCCCAACAGAGGGUCGGACGAUAAAUUUCUACUGGCAUUGGAUAUCAAAAAGGCCUUCGACAGCACCUCCUACCACACUAUUCUAGAGGGCCAGGAAAUGGUGAACUGCUGA